AUGCCGAUGCUUCUGGGGAAAAUUGCAGAAAAUAAUGUCUUUAUAAACAAUGUUUUUGUUUCAGCAAAAUAUGAAUCCCAGUUGAAAGAUCGCCCUACAAUCUACAGUCGAGAGUCGCCAAGUAAAAGAUCUGAUAGAUUUGUCUCCUUCUCGAGAUUUAUGGCGAGACAAAGUCCUCGAUAUCGAGAUGACCAGCUUUUUGUUGAAAAAAUGUUCCGAUUAUUUGAUAUGAAUGAUGAUGACGUGAUAGAACGCGAUGAAUUCAGAGCCAUUUUACAACUUUUUGGUAUUGUUAGUCAUACUUUCUGA